AUGACUCCCAGAAGCGUCGGCCAAUCAGAUGCCCUGCGGGCGGCUGGCAGGGUGUUUGCGGACGACCACACCACUAGGGAGAGGGCGUUUUGUAGUACUACCCGGACUGGGAUGGGAGCACGGUCGGGAGAGGGUGUGGGUAGAGAAGGAGGAGGGGGAGACGAAGGGGAGAUGGGGAAGGGGAAGGCUGUUAUUCCCAGUCACGCUGCUGGCAAUGCAGCAAGUGAUAGUGAGGGAGAUGAGGAUGGACCUAUGGGUAUUGUGGAUGGGCAGGAGUGCACUGUGUGUUUGGAAAGCAUGGGGAGUGGAGCCCGUCUGAUGUGGUUAUCAUGCGCGCAUGGUUACCACCAUGAUUGCAUUAUGCCGUGGAUUAUGGGAGGGCAUUCAAGCUGCCCCUGUUGUCGUCAUCCUUUAUACUUUCAAGGCGUUUCAGCUUACAUUCAGCGUUGCUUGACGUCUAAAGAUGGCGUCUCAGCUGUGCUGCGCGCCUGUCGCCAGCGGCGCGCUUCCCGUGCCAUCCGCGUUACAUGCGAAUGCGACAUCCGCUACCAGCGCAAACGCCAGUCUGAGAAGGACGUGCGCGCGGUGCGGCUGACGGACGACACGUUCACGCUGCGCGGGCGGUGCUACGAGCGGUUCAAGUUCGAGGUGGAGUACGGGCUGCGCGCCGGCACCACGGAGAACAGCUACGUCAUCGAGGGCCCGCUGGGUGCCGCGCUCAUCGACGUGCCCGACAGGGCCUUCGCGCGCGCCUUCGUGGACGCGUUCGUGCGCGAGGCGAAGGACGCGGAGCACCUCGCGUAUCUCAUCAUCGGGCAUUUGAGUCCCAAGCGCGUGGACAGUAUUAUUCAGCUCGCCAAGACGCACCCGCUAACAGAGCCGCCCAUCAAGGUGUUCCUCUCCAACCCGGCGCACCAGACGCUCACCUCACUGGUCCCAGCAGACAUCCUCGACGCGACCUUCGACCUGCAGAUCGUGCGCGCGGGGGACACGCUGGACCUGGGCGAUGGGCACAACCUGCAGUUCAUCCUCACGCCCACGCCCCGCUGGCCCGACGGACUCACCACCUACGACCCCAAGUCGCAGCUGCUCUUCACCAACAAGCUCUUCAGCACGCAUGUGUGCAUGGGGGAGGACUUCGACGUGGGGGGCAUAGAGGUGUACGACAUGCACUGGCGCUACUUCUAUGACUGCAUGCUCGCCCCCGUCGCCAAGCAGGUGGAUGCGGCCCUCAAGAAGCUCCCAGUGGUGGCGCAGUUCGCCCCUCCCUGCUACGCGGGCAAGACAGGCCUGGACGUUGUCAAGGCGGACGUGGGGUUCAUCUUCUCGCGCCUCCUCUCCGCCCUCAACCUGGACAUCAACACGGCGGCCAACCUGCGCCUCAAAGUGGGCAGCGAUAAGAAGGGCGUUGUGCCGGGAGUUGGGGGCGAGCCGCUAGUGACAGCAGCCAUCUGCCCCCUGCACGGCCCUAUCAUCCGCAACAGCGUCACCGAGCUCGUCCGCGAGUACAAGAUUUGGACGGACGAGAAGAUCAAGCAGGCGGAGGAGGCCACAGUAGCCGUGUUCUAUGCAUCAGCCUAUGGCAACACCUCCGCUCUCGCUCAGGCUAUCAGUCGUGGGUUGCUGCGAGCGGGCGUGGGAGUGGAGAAAAUCAACUGUGAGAUGGUAUCAGUCACUGAGCUCAAGUCAGCCAUCCAGCGCUGCUGCGGCUUCGUGUGUGGCAGCCCCACACUGGGCGGCCACAUGCCCACGCCCAUGAAGGAGGCGCUGGGCGUCAUUCUCAACGAGUCCGCCGCCAAGGGCAAGCCCACGGGCGUGUUUGGGUCGUUUGGGUGGAGCGGGGAGGCGGUGGAUGAGAUGGAACAGCUGUUGAAGGAUGGAGGGUUUUCCUUUGGAUUCCCUCCCAUCCGCUGCAAGUUCAAGCCAACGGAGGGCAUGCUGCAGAUCUGUGAAGAGAGUGGCCGAGACCUCGCCAGAGAGAUCCGCAAGGGCAAGGCCAAGCAGCGCAGCACAUCGGCCAAGUCAGCUGUAGCGUCUGGGUCUGGAGUGGAGCAGGCGGUGGGGCGGGUGGUGGGGUCGCUGUGUGUGGUAUCAGCCAUCAGUGGCGACGGUGACGCUCAGAGCGCCAUGCUCGCCUCGUGGGUCUCACAGGCCUCUUUCAACCCGCCUGGCGUCACCGUUGCUGUGGCAAAGGAGAGGGCGCUCGAGUCGCUGGUGCUGGUGGGCGGCAAAUUCGCUCUGAGCGUGCUCGGGGAGAAGAACGUGGGCGCAGUUUCCAAGCAGCUUCUCAAGCCGUUCCAGCCCGGGGAGCCCAGGUUCGGCGAUCUCCCGACCAAGCAGGCCAGCAACGGCGCCACCAUCCUGGCUGACGCGAUCUCCUACAUGGAGUGCACGGUGCAAACGCGCAUGGAGACGGGCGACCACUGGGUUGUCUACGCCACCGUCGAUUCAGGCGACGUCAUGGACGAAAAGACCCUCACAGCACUGCACCACCGCAAGACCGGCAGCCGUUACUGA